AUGGCUGCAUCGCCUGCUCCUGUCGCUGCUGCUACGCCUGUUGCUGCUGCUGCUCUGGUCGCUGCUGCUGCUCCUGUUGCUGCUGCUGCUCCUGUUGCUGCUGCUACGCCUCUACCUGCUACCCCUGCCUCACUGCCUGCGGCCCCCGCCCCCUUACCUGUUACCCCUGCUCCUUUACCCGCUAUUUCUGACCCCCUACCUCUUACCCCUGCUCCCGUACCCGCUAUCCCAGCCCCUGCUAUCGUGCCUGCAGAUGCGUCUAGUUCUGCUGCUAGUUUUGAGGCGCCUCAAACUGCGUCUAGCGUUGCUGCCAGGGAGCAUGCAAGGUGGAUAAAAAAAGAGGAAGCUGAGGAGGGAAUGGGGAAGGAAAGCGAGGAGGAUGGGUGGAUGAACAAGGAAAAAAACGAAGAGCAGGAGGCUGAGAGGGCGAGGGGGAAGGGAGGGGAGGAGACGGGGUGGAUGAAAAGGGAGGAAGCUGAGGAGGGUGGGAAAGUGGGGGGAAGCAAGGAGGCGGAGGAGGCGGAGAGGGAGGGAGAAGAUGAAGAGGAGGAAGAUGAGGCAUUGCUGAAGGAGCAGUGGAAAGCACAGGUGCUCAAGAUGACUGCAGCGUUGAGUGUUGGAGAGGGAGAGCGAGAGGGAGGAGAGGGAGUAGAGGGAGGAGAAGCACCAGAAGCACCGGCACCUGAGGAUUCACCUGACGCAGCAGUGGGGCCUGGUUCUGGAUACUAUGAGGCACCUGAGGAUUCACCCGACGCAGCAGUGGGGCCUGGUCUGGGGGCCGGCUCGGGAAACGUGGCAGGUGGUUUGGCAAGGGCAGGUUCGGGAAAUGUUGCUGGAGCCAGAGGUGCCAGCCCGAACCUACACCCGGAGCAGGAGGAUGGGGAUGAAUGGGGCGGGGCUACUGAGAAGUUUCAAAGGAUGGGGCUGGCUCGAAUGGCCAAGCCCUCGUUUAAAGGUGGGAGGCCGGGACGGAUUGAUGAGCAGAACAGUUCUUGUAACGAGGAUGCUUAUAUGGAGAGCGGCUUUGGUGGUCGACAGAGCUUCGAGUCUAGUGAAGGGGAGUGGCGUGGAGGAGGAAGAGGCGUAGGGCAGGGAGAUGGGGAGGUGGAGAGGGGUGGUUUCAGGGGUGUGGGCAGAGAGGAGGAGGAGGAGGAGGAGGAAGGUGAGGAGGGAGGAGGAGGAGGGGGGUUCACAGAAGUGUUUCAGCAGAGAAUGUUGGCUCGUAAGGUGAAACCCUCCUUUGGGGCUGGGAGGCAGCAAGGGAUUUUUGAGAGAAACAGUGCGUGUGAUGAGAGUGCUUAUAACGAGAGUUAUCACAACAUGAGUGACGGGGAUGCUGACCAGGAGAGUGCUUAUAAUGGGAGUGCUUAUAAUGGGAGUGCUUAUAAUGAGGGCGCUUAUAACGUCGCUGGUAGUGAGCUGGAGGAACGAGGGAUGGGCUUACCGUCAGGGUCUGGGGCUCGUAACGGAUUGCCUUUUGCUGAUAAUCGGUUCUGUGAGGUUUCAAGCGGUUUGGGCGGUUCUGGUGCGAUAUCAAGUGGUGCAGAGGAUUCCGGUCGUGCUUUGGGGGGUGCUGCUCCUCCCCCUGCUUCUGCCUUCGGCCCUCCUCAACUUGCCUUCGACCCUUCAAUUCCUGUUGCCGGCUUUCCCGGUGCUCCUGGGUUGGGGGGAGCGCCUGGGUUGGGGGGAGCGCCUGGGUUGGGAGGCGCUUCUCUGUUGGGGGGAGCCCCUCUUUUAGGGGGAGCUCCUUCCUUUCCAGCAUUCGGUCCUGGGAAUGCAGCAAGAGCAGGAGGGGCAGGAGCAGGAGGACCAGCAGGCGGGGCAGCAGUGCCUGCAGCAGGGCAUGGUCAAGAAAAAAAGAAUGUUUCGGGUUUUAUCAACAAGCUUUGGAAAAGGUAA